CAUUGCCUUGCUUCCAUUGCAACACUGGGGUGUGGCGUAGAUUACAGCCUAUAAUACAAAUACUCACAGACUUCCUGGAUGAAUCAGAGUACAAUUACACAGUCUCUAUUCAACACCAUGUCUGAGUGGAAGCAGAGAUGUGAGUCUGAGUGGAGCCUGCAAGGCGCACCGAUGCCCGGCAGCCUUGACUGGAAGUCCGUGUUUGACGCCAGACCGCUGGGGAGGAAUUUACUGAAGAACCCUUCACCUCACGGAUUGAGUAAGGACACCCCUCCACCUGAACCUGAUCUGCCUGAAUUUCCAACACGUGGACCUCCACGAUUCCAACCUGAUGGCGACUUCAGUGACUGGACCACGAGCCUGGAAGUCCUCCCCUAUGAUAUGAGUGGAAUCCCAGAAGGUGCCGUGGUCUGUGAAUUACCUCAAUGCAGCUGGUUCACCAUGGAGCAGGUAGUGGACCUGAAGGCAGAGGGAUUGUGGGAUGAGCUGCUGGAUGAGUUUCAGCCUGAAAUCCUCAUCCAAGACUGGUAUGAGGAGAGUCAGCUGCAUGCUUCCAUCUACCAGCUGCAGGUGAAGUUACUGGGUGCUGACAAAAGCACAGUGAUCUCAGAGCACAGUGUCAACCCCAGUGAGGACCUCAGCAACUACUCACACAACUGGAAGGAGGUGUCACAUGUGUUCUCCGGCUAUGGACCAGGGGUGAGAUAUGUCCACUUCCAGCACCGCCUGAAGAGCCAGUUUAUGAUGGAAUUCUACACCACGCUGUUCACCGGCAGCUCGGUGAUGGUCAGACCAACCAAAACCAGCUCCUAGGCUGACUCUUCUGAAACUGUAAAGACUUAGUUGUUCGAAUAUUCCAUGUCAUCAUCUAUAAAGUAACAACACAUACACAUAUUGUCUUUUACAAAAGUGAUAAUAUUUUUGAUUUUGAUGUGCUUACAUAUUACAGAGUUUGCAAUAAUUAAUAAUGGAUUGUGUGUAAUAAUUUUGCAAAUGUAUGUGUAUUUAGUUCAAUUGUUUUAUUUUGCAUUCCCUUGCAUUUCCAAAAUAAAAGGCAAAUGGAAUUAAGUUUUUUUUUUUU